AGUUAACCUAUGCAUGUAUAUAGUUUAACUUCUGGAUUUGUCAACAACGAUUUUUUUUCUUCGCCGUAUGCCCUCUCAAAACAUAGGACCUGGCUUUCUUUUUAGUCAUUGUCUUUGCAGUGAUGAGAAGAGAAAUCUCCUUCAAAUUCCAAGGCACCUAGAGGAUUGUCAGACUGGUUUCUGAUCCCUUCUUGGAACCAUGAGUGACACACAUCGCAUCAGUCCAUCCACCCCGAUGGGGGAGGUAGAGCACACCAAUAUUCUUUCACAGGAUAUAGGUCACCUAUUUUCAAAUGAGGAAUACAGCGAUGUUACCCUUCUUGUAGAAAAUCAGAAAUUCCAUGCACAUCGGGUCAUCCUAGCUGCACGAUGCCAGUAUUUCAGAGCCCUAUUCUAUGGUGGCUUACGCGAGUCUGAUCCCGAGUGCUGCGAAAUCGAGCUGCAAGAUACCACAUCUCAAGCUUUUGAGGCUCUUCUCAAAUACAUCUACACUGGCUGUCUCAAUCUACUAGACCUCAAGGAGGACAACCUUCUUGACAUCCUUGGCCUGGCCCACCAGUAUGGCUUCAGCGAGCUGGAAGCCUCCAUCUCCGAUUACCUGCGCGCCAUCCUCAGCAUCCACAACGUGUGCCUGAUCUACGACGUGGCCAGUCUCUACACCCUGGGGGCCCUCAAGGAGACGUGCUACCAGUUCAUGGAUCGCUACGCCACAGAGGUCAUGAACAGUGAGACCUUCCUCACCCUGUCCAAGGGUGCCCUGAAGGAAGUGAUCUCAAGGAAUUCCUUCUAUGCUGCUGAGAUUGACAUCUUCCAAGCGGUUCAGAGCUGGGUGCACGCCAACAAAGACGUAUCUCUCAAGGAGAUUGUGGAGGCCAUCAGACUUCCUCUAAUGAGUAGACAGGAUCUGCUUUACACGGUACGACCCUCCAACCUGCUGUGCGCAGACUCCAUCCUGGAUGCAUUCAAGAUCAAGGAAGAGUGUCGGAACGCAGACCUCAACUACAGAGGAGUACUCAUUCCAGAGGAGAAUGUUGGGACGGCUAAGCACGGUGCCUCGGUGGUCAAGGGAGGGAUGAGGUCAUCUCUGCUGGACGGUGACUGUCAGAACUACGACCUUGACCGCGGCUUCACCACUCACCCAAUCGAGGACGUGCACACCGGCGGCAUCGUCAUCACCCUCGGCAAGCCCACCAUCAUCAACACCAUCAGGCUGCUGCUCUGGGAUAGAGAUACCAGGUCGUACUCUUACUUCAUUGAAGCAUCAGUUGAUGAGAAUGACUGGAUAAAGGUCAUUGAUCAUUCUACGUAUCAAUGCCGGUCGUGGCAGACUCUCCACUUUCCAGCCAGAGUCUGUAGAUACAUCCGAAUCAUUGGGGUUCAUAACACCGUCAACAAAGUAUUUCAUCUAGUGUCAUUUGAAGCCUUUCACACAACUAGGGUAUUUCAACUGGAAACAGGAUUGAUAGUUCCGCAGCAGAAUGUAGCCACCAUCAAGGCCAGUGCAAGUGUGAUAGAAGGUGUUAGCCGCAGUAGGAAUGCUCUGCUGAACGGUGACACCAAGAACUAUGACUGGGACUCUGGGUACACAUGCCAUCAGCUAGGCAGUGGUUCUAUCGUAGUACAACUAGCUCAACCCUACGUCAUUGGCAGUAUUAGGUUGCUGUUAUGGGACUGUGAUGCAAGGACAUACAGCUACUUUGUAGAUGUAUCUACUGACCAGCAGACCUGGAUAAGAGUAGCGGAUAAGACCAAGGAGAAUUGCAGAUCUUGGCAGACGUUGUACUUCCAGCGUAAACCUGUCACCUUCAUCAGGAUAGUAGGAACCAGGAACACAGCCAAUGAGGUAUUCCACUGUGUACACUUUGAGUGUCCAGCACAGAACACACAGAGCGGUGAGUCCUGCUCAUCGGACCUCGACGAUGACAACUCACCGGGGCCCGGCCACGCCCCAACCCUCCGUCUUGCCAACCCUAACACCUCCACCAGCAGCAUCGUACACUGUCCAUCAAGGUCGGUCUCUCAACAGAGCCCCAUGACGCCGUCAUCGACCAGAAGUUCGCCCACCUCGAGCAUGGGUGCAUCACAGCAUCUUUGAAGGAGCAUGAAAAUAAACAAUGAAAUGAACGUAGUUCUGGAACAGUGUUGAUGGAUCGUAAUUAUUGGAUGCAAUCACAGCAUCUUUGAAAGAGUAUGAAAACAAACGAUGAAAUGAACCUAGUUCUGGAACAGUGUUGAUCAAGCAUAAUUAUUGGCUGCAAUAUUUCCUUGCUUUCACUGCAGUUUGUCUUGUGCAUAGGGAUAGGUCGUACCCACCAACAACUCCACCUUCUUUGAUCAGUUAUUGUCCAGUGUCCAGCUUGGUGGCAUUGCUGCAUCUGAAUAGGGAAGUUGAAAACGAGCAUUCGUCAGUUCUGGAGCAUCGUCAAUGCAUCGCAAUCUCUUGCUGCCAGUUGUAGCAUAGUUGUAGUUCAUGCCAAAGAAUUAUAUUGGACUCGACUACAACACC